AUGCCCUCCGCGCCAGAGACCCCAUGGUGGAAAGAUGCUGUCUGCUACCAAAUAUACCCAGCCUCCUUCAAGGACUCCAACGGUGAUGGCCUUGGUGAUAUUCCCGGUAUUCUGAGCAAACUCGACUAUCUGAAGGACCUGGGAGUCGACCUCAUCUGGGUCUCGCCAAUGUACGUCUUCACUCAGGUUACGUUCCCUGGGGUUGAUAUGGGUUAUGAUAUCUCGGACUACCAAAAAGUGUACCCUCCUUACGGAACUUUGAAAGACAUGGAAGAUCUCAUUGAGGGCUGCCACAAAAGGGGUAUGAAGCUGAUCUUGGAUCUUGUCGUCAACCAUACCUCAGACCAGCACGCUUGGUUCAAGGAGUCGGGAUCCUCAAGGGACAGCUCGAAGCGCGAUUGGUACAUCUGGAAGCCGCCAAGAUAUGCUGAGGAUGGAACUCGACUACCACCCACCAACUGGAGAAGCUAUUUCUCAGGUCCUGCGUGGGAGUAUGAUGAGCAAACAGGGGAAUACUAUCUUCACCUAUUUGCGAAGGAGAUGCCUGACCUCAACUGGGAAAACCCGGAGGUCAGAAAGGCAAUUUACGACACGAUCAUGCGCUUCUGGUUGGAUAAGGGAGUAGAUGGCUUCCGUAUUGAUUGCGUCAAUAUGUACUCCAAGGAGCCCGACUACAAGGACGCCCCCAUUGUCGAUCCCAAAUUCUAUGAGCAGCCGGCAUGGUGUUACUAUGCUAAUGGUCCUCGGAUUCAUGAGUUUCUUCGGGAGAUGCAUGAGCAAGUCUUGAGCCAUUACGAUCCCGUGACAGUGGGAGAGCUACCUCACACCCGAGACCCUCAGGAAGUACUCAGAUAUGUUCGUGCCAGCGAGAAGCAGCUGAGCAUGGUGUUCCAGUUCGAUAUAGUGGACAUCGGACAAGGCAAAGAGUACAGGUACUAUUAUCAGGACUGGAAACUGCCAGAGUUCAAGGGCAUUGUGGCCAAGUGGCAACAGUUCAUUGAGGGCACCGACGGCUGGACGACAGUGUUCUGUGAAAAUCAUGACCAAGGACGUUCCGUCUCACGCUUCGCCUCCGACGCCCCGGAGCACCGCGUUGCUUCGGCCAAGCUUCUCGCAUUGAUGCUCACUUCUCUCACUGGAACACUCUUCCUCUACCAAGGUCAAGAGAUUGGAAUGAUCAACAUCCCACACACCUGGCCCAUCACCUCAUACAAAGAUAUCGAGUCAGUCAACUUCUACCACGCUGUGGCUGCUAAGACCAACAACGACCCAGCAGAGUUGGCGUACGUUAUGCGCAGCCUGCAGAUUUUGGGACGCGAUAACGCACGACUUCCGAUGCAGUGGGAUACUGGCGUGCAUGCUGGCUUCACGGACUGCGAGAAGGGCCCGUGGAUGCGUGUGCAUGAUGCCUGGAGGGAGAUCAAUGUCGCCAAACAGCUGGCUCAGGGAGAGACAUCAGUGCUGGGUUUCUGGAAACAGAUGAUACGGUUCCGGAAGCAGCAUCGCGAUGUACUUGUGCAUGGGUCGUUUGAAGGAUUUGGGAUGGAUGAUGAGAAGACUUUUGUAUUCGGAAAGAAAACACAAGAUGGAAAGAAGGUUGCAAUGGUAGCGCUGAAUUUUUCCGGGGAGGAGCAGGAAGUCCAGCUGCCUGAUACUCCUGGAUAUGAUGAGCUGGUCUUCACUGUUGGAAGCUACGAGGAUGCUGAAGAUAUGGAAACAACUAAAUCCAUCCGCUAUUAUCAAAACCUGACCACUAGGUUGUUGACCCAAGCCAGAGCCUUGGGCAUAAUCUGGCAGUUGCAGAUGUCUGAGUAG